AUGGAAGGGAAACUCCCAGAAGGUGGACCUGGUAGACUGGAUGAGACCCGAAUGAGACAGAAUGCGGAUCAAACCCAAAGAGCAGAAAUCAGUGGAUCACCUGAAAACUCAAGGGUUACAGGAGAAAGAGAUUCCACUUCUUCAGUCUCAUCUCUUUCUGCACAACAGUCAGUAACAGGUUCGCUUGGAACAGAUGGACCCAGUGGACAGAAGCCAAGCCUGUCUGAACCUUCAUCGAAUAAAGGCGAGCAUGGACCUCAACAAGAAAAUCAAACGCCAGGAGAAAAAGAGGAGGGCAAGGACACACAAGAUGCACAAAGCCGAGAGAAUACAGUCACAACAGGACCGGGUACUAAUGAUGGAGACAGCAGUAAUAAUGCACAGUCUGAAGGAGGUAAUGACAGAGACGUUUUUCCUCUGAAUGGUUCUACAACUGAAGGAAUUGAAUCACCAAACUACCAAGAAGGUGCUGCAGAUAAUACAGAACCCACCACCACCACAACAACAACACUUCCUCCUGAGACUGAAAACAAGAAGAAGGGUGAUGCAGACAGCAGCAGCAGUAUCAGCAGUUAUGUGUGGGUGCGUGUACCACUACUGAUUGUGGUUACUCUGGCCUGUAUUCUUGUGUGCUGA